AUGAUAUCUCCAGUUAAUUAUACGGUAUCUUCCUCGGACAGACAGGUUGAAAAUGUGAGUCAGAAAUCUGGAUUUAUACCCUACCAGAAUCAACUUCAGUAUACAAUAGACUCUACAAGUUCUUACCAACCUACAUUUCCUUCUUCAUUUUAUCAACCAUGGGACGUUUACAACUCGCCACACCUGGAAACCAACUCCAUCAGACAAUCUUCUGUUACCAUCGAGUCUCCAGUAUCUAGAGAUGGUAGCAUUGAGUCUCAUUUGGAUCUUGAUUCAAGUCUAUUAUCUUCAAGAUAUUCAACUACUCCUACCACAACUCCACCUCUAAUUACCGAUAGCGACAGUGGAAAUUCUUCCGGAUUUGUAUCUGAUUCUAGUCCCCAACCUGCCACCUCGUCAUCACCUAACGUUCCUCCACCGAUCUCUACAACAGACCUUGGUAGAAAAUUAUCUGAUCCUGAGAAGACUACAAGCAAGAAGAAUUCAAGAACAAAUUACAGUCCUCAACAAGAUUAUGAAUGCUCAAUGGCGGAAGCUGAAUUUAAAUGCCAUCAACCAACCAAACAUAAGAAUAUAACACAAAGAUUCAGACAGUUUUAUAUAUUCUAG